CCCCACCCCCCCACCCCGCCCCCACCCCGCCCCCUCACUCUCUUAACAUAUGCGAUCUUCGUACACUGUAAAUUCCAAUUGCUUCGCAGAUCUAAAUCAGUGUGCGUGAAUUUUUUUGGGGGAGAAGGAGAAUUUGUGGGGAAAUGUUGACGAAGUUUGAGACGAAGAGUAAUAGAGUGAAAGGUUUGAGUUUCCAUAGCAAGAGGCCAUGGAUCUUGGCGAGUCUACACAGUGGGGUGAUCCAGCUCUGGGAUUAUCGCAUGGGCACUCUCAUUGAUCGCUUCGACGAGCAUGAUGGCCCCGUUCGCGGCGUCCAUUUCCAUAAAUCGCAGCCGCUUUUCGUUUCUGGAGGUGAUGAUUACAAAAUCAAGGUUUGGAAUUACAAAUUGCACAGAUGUCUAUUUACUCUUCUCGGUCAUCUUGAUUACAUCCGAACAGUUCAGUUUCAUCACGAAUAUCCAUGGAUCGUAAGUGCAAGUGAUGACCAGACAAUCAGAAUAUGGAACUGGCAGUCUCGGACUUGCAUUUCCGUGCUGACUGGGCACAACCAUUACGUCAUGUGUGCCUCGUUUCACCCGAAAGACGAUCUUGUUGUUUCAGCCUCUUUGGAUCAGACCGUGCGUGUUUGGGAUAUUGGUGCCUUGAGGAAGAAGACAGUAUCUCCAGCUGAUGACAUUCUCAGAUUGUCUCAAAUGAAUACUGACUUCUUUGGUGGGGUUGAUGCUGUUGUGAAAUAUGUGUUGGAAGGCCACGAUCGUGGGGUUAACUGGGCUUCUUUCCAUCCAACUCUCCCUUUGAUUGUUUCUGGAGCAGAUGACCGUCAAGUUAAAAUCUGGCGCAUGAAUGAUACAAAGGCGUGGGAGGUGGACACAUUGAGAGGCCACAUGAACAAUGUGUCAUGUGUGUUAUUCCACUCAAGGCAGGAUAUCAUUGUCUCGAAUUCAGAAGACAAGAGUAUCCGAGUUUGGGAUGCUACCAAAAGAACAGGCCUGCAGACUUUUCGUAGGGAGCACGACAGGUUCUGGAUUCUUUCAGCCCAUCCCGAGAUGAAUCUUUUAGCCGCUGGCCAUGAUAGCGGCAUGAUUGUCUUUAAGCUGGAGAGAGAGCGUCCCGCAUUUUCCGUCAGUGGCGAAUCGCUCUUCUAUGUAAAGGACAGGUUUCUACGUACUUUUGAGUAUUCGACUCAGAAAGACACUCAGCUGAUACCUAUCCGUCGCCCUGGUUCUAAUACUUUGAACCAAGGCCCUCGUACGCUUUCUUACAGCCCUACUGAAAGUGCUCUUCUGGUUUGCUCGGAUGUAGAUGGAGGGUCUUACGAACUCUACAUUAUUCCCAAAGAUAGCUAUGGCAGAGGAGACACGGUACAAGAUGCAAAAAGAGGUGUCGGCGGAUCGGCGGUCUUUGUCGCUCGGAAUAGGUUUGCUGUGCUUGAGAAGAGCACAAACCAGGUCUUGGUGAAGAACCUGAAAAAUGAAAUCGUGAAAAAGAGCGUUCUUCCUAUUCCUACCGAUGCUAUAUUCUACGCGGGAACUGGGAACUUGCUGUGCAGGUCUGAAGAUAGGGUAUCAAUCUUCGAUCUCCAGCAAAGGAUUGUUCUUGGAGAACUCCAAACAUCAUUCGUUCGGUACGUGGUUUGGUCACCCGAUAUGGAGAGUGUCGCUUUACUGAGCAAACACUCGAUUGUAAUUGCUGACAAAAAGCUCGCGCACCGCUGCACCCUGCACGAGACCAUUCGUGUGAAGAGUGGAGCGUGGGAUGAUAACGGAGUUUUCAUCUACACCACUCUGACGCACAUCAAGUACUGCCUUCCGAACGGUGACAGUGGAAUCAUCAAGACUCUCGAUGUACCCGUAUACAUUACUAAGAUAUACGGCAGCACCAUCUUUUGCUUGGAACGAGACGGAAAAAACCGCCCGAUCAUCAUCGAUUCAACGGAGUACGUUUUCAAGCUGUGCUUGCUGAGGAAGAGAUACGACCAGGUUAUGAGCAUGAUAAAAAAUUCGGAGCUAUGUGGACAGGCCAUGAUUGCUUAUUUGCAGCAGAAGGGCUUCCCACAAGUUGCUCUGUAUUUUGUGAAGGAUGAGAGGACUCGCUUCAACUUAGCCCUCGAAAGCGGUAAUAUCGAGAAAGCUCUUGAAUCUGCUAAAAAGAUCGACGAGAAAGAUCACUGGUAUAGGCUGGGUGUGGAGGCUCUUAGGCAGGGGAAUGCUGGCAUUGUUGAAUAUGCAUAUCAGAAAACCAAGAACUUCGAGAGGCUAUCUUUCCAUUAUCUGAUUACUGGCAAUCUCGACAAACUGUCGAAAAUGAUGAAAAUUGCUGAAGUGAAGAACGAUGUAAUGGGCCAGUUCCACGACGCGUUGUACCUAGGUGAUGUUCGUGAGCGCGUUAAGAUUCUUGAGAACGUGGGCCAUUUGCCUCUCGCGUAUAUCACUGCCUCGGUCCAUGGGCUGCACGAUGUUACCGAGCGUCUGGCCGGUGAAUUGGGGGAGAAUAUUCCUUCACUUCCGAAGGGUGGUAAAAAAGCAUCUCUGUUGAUACCCCCGAACCCCGUUUUACGUGCUGGAGACUGGCCUUUGUUGAUGGUCAGUAAAGGCAUAUUCGAAGGCGGCCUUGACGAUGCAGGCAGAGGUGGUGGUGCAGCCGAAGAAGAUUAUGAUGAGGUGGCGGAUGCUGAUUGGGGCGAGGGUUUGGAUAUCGGUGACGUGGACAGUUUACCGAAUGGAGACAUUCGUACGGUGCUGGACGGAGAUGAAGAUGGGGCCCACGAAGAGAACGACGAGGAGGGAGGGUGGGACCUCGAGGACCUCGAGUUGCCGCCAGAUUCCGAAACCCCAAAAACAGCCAACUCUAAUGCCCGUUCUUCGGUGUUUGUGGCCCCCACACCGGGUAUGCCCGUGAGCCAGAUCUGGGUCCAGCGGUCUUCUCUUGCCGCCGAACACGCGGCUGCCGGAAACUUUGACACUGCCAUGCGCUUGCUCAGCCGCCAGUUGGGAAUCAAGAAUUUCACCCCUCUGAAGUCCCAGUUCACCGAUCUCCACAUGGGCAGCCAAACUUACUUACGUGCCUUCACCUCAGCCCCCGUUUUAUCCAUUGCUGUGGAGAGAGGGUGGAGCGAGCAAGCCAGCCCCAACGUACGUGGCCCCCCUGCCCUAGUAUUUGACUUCUCUCACCUCGACGAGAAACUCAAGGCUGGCUACAAGGCCACAACUUCCGGAAAGUUCUCGGAAGCUCUCCGCCACUUUUCCACCAUUCUCCACACAAUUCCACUCAUUGUGGUCGAAACACGAAGAGAGGUCGAUGAAGUCAAAGAAUUAAUUCUCGUGGCGAAGGAAUAUGUGCUAGGUUUGCAGAUUGAGCUAAAGAGGAGGGAAUUGAAGGACAACCCAAUCCGCCAGCAAGAACUGGCAGCAUAUUUCACGCACUGCAAUCUGCAGCUGCCGCACACUAGGCUCGCUCUAUUAAACGCUAUGACUGUCUGCUAUAAGGCGCAGAAUCUGAGCACUGCCGCCAAUUUUGCAAGGAGGCUUUUAGAGACCAACCCGAGCAACGAGAGCCAGUCGAAAACGGCGCGUCAGGUCUUGCAGGCUGCUGAGAAGAAUAUGAAAGAUGCCACUCAGUUGAACUAUGAUUUUAGAAACCCGUUCGUGGUGUGUGGGGCCACUUACGUGCCGAUUUACAGAGGGCAGAAAGACGCCAUCUGCCCUUACUGCAGCACGCAUUUCGUGCCAGCUCAGCAAGGGCAAAUCUGUACUGUUUGUGACCUUUCGGUUGUUGGAUCCGAUGCGUCUGGCUUGCUCUGUUCUCCUUCACAGGUCAGGUAAUUAUUUCCCCAAGUGGACAAAGAAAGAACUAGUGACUUUCAUGAGAAGAGGGUUUCAUUUCGGAUUAUAUUUGUUCUAUAUUUCGUUUUCUUUUUCUUCUUUUUGCAAUGUUUUCGAUCAAAUGUCUCACCCCUUUACUAUACUUUUCUUUUUUUUUUUUUUUUUGGUUUUUAUAAUUACAGUUUUCUUUGUAAUAAAUAUGUGUAAGAUUUUUCAGUUCAACCAUUCUUGUGCCUGUUUUGGGGAAAAAUUAUUAGUUUGUCUGUCUAGAGUAUGUUUGUUUCUCUUCUAUGUUCUUUUUUGCAGAUGUAAUAGACAUUUUUCCUACUCAAUUUUACUUAAUGUAUAACUGCCUUUCUGAUUUU